UGUCUUGUCCUAAAACACGCGCUUUUACAAAUUUCCGAAUUAUAUUAUUUUCAGAGCUCAAAAUACCCAAAUUCUGCAAAAAUCUAUGUUUCGUUAUUGGUUUUGAUAAUGGAGGUUUAAUCGAAAAUCCUUACUCAGUUUAUUUUAAUUUUUUCUUUAUUAUAAAUAAAUAUAUUAUUAGUUAACAUUAAAGAGAAAUAAAAUUUUAAUGGCUCACCAUACGCAGCAUCACCACAACACGAGCGAUGGCGUUUCACAGCGAGUUAACAGUCCCCGUUUUUCGGGUCCAAUGACUCGUCGAGCUCACUCGUUUAAGCGCAACAACAAUGGCAACUCCCAGACCAGUACCGGCAACAACGUUGUCGGUGGUUCAAGCAACGGCAGUAGCAACGGGAGCAACGGAAAUAACUUGAGUGUGCAUCAUGAGAUCGAUCUACAAUCGAGUUCCCCCAGAUCGGAAGUUGGAGCUGUGGGUUUGGUUUCAAUCGAAGGGUUGAGUCAAAGGAAAGGGUUGUUCUUGAGGAAGCCCAGUGUUGGAUCCUUGGUUUUUGAUUUCGGGUUGAAAGAGAAGAAGAAGCUUGGGCAUUGGAUGUUCUUGGUUUUUUGUGGAGUUUGUUUGUUUUUGGGUGUUUUUAAGAUUUGUGCUACUGGUUGGUUUGGAUCUGCUAUCGAAACCUUAGCAUCAAAUCAGGAUCUACCUGAUCCCUCCACCAAUCAACUAAAGCGAACGGAUGAAGGCUCUCAUGAUUAUGGGUACAGGGAUGGAGGAAGUGAUUCAGAUAGAACCUUAAUGACAGUGGCAUCUGACAUAGCAGAACAUUCAGGUAUUUGGUCAAAACCAAGUAGUGAGAAUUUCAGCCAGUGCAUUGACCAUUCAAAGAAUCAUAAGAAGCCAGAUGCAAAGACGAAUGGCUACAUUCUUGUGAAUGCUAAUGGUGGUCUGAAUCAGAUGAGAUUUGGGAUCUGUGAUAUGGUUGCUGUUGCUAAGAUUAUGAAGGCAACACUUGUCCUUCCCUCACUCGAUCACACCUCGUAUUGGGCAGAUGAAAGUGGCUUUAAAGAUCUAUUUGACUGGCAGCACUUCAUCGAGACCCUGAAGGAUGAUGUCCGCAUAGUUGAGACCAUACCACCUGAGUAUUCUGGAAUUGAACCGUUCAACAAAACGCCAAUUUCCUGGUCUAAGGUUAGCUAUUAUAAGGCAGAGGUCCUUCCGUUGCUGAAGCAGCAUAAAGUAAUCUAUUUUACGCACACAGAUUCUCGGCUUGCCAAUAAUGAUAUCCCAAGUUCUGUGCAAAAACUGAGGUGCCAGGUAAGCUAUAAGGCACUAAAAUAUUCGGCUCCAAUUGAAGAACUUGGAAGCACGUUGAUUUCUAGAAUGCGCCAGAAUGGCAGCCCUUAUAUUGCUCUACAUUUGAGGUACGAGAAGGAUAUGCUUGCAUUUACGGGUUGCAGUCAUAGUUUGACAGCAGAAGAAGAUGAUGAGCUACGUAGGAUGCGUUAUGAAGUCAGCCAUUGGAAGGAGAAAGAGAUUAAUGGGACAGAGAGAAGGUUGCUCGGUGGUUGUCCACUAACCCCGAGGGAGACUUCCCUCUUGCUUAGAGCAUUGGGUUUCCCUCCAAGUACUCGGAUUUACUUGGUAGCUGGUGAAGCUUAUGGAAAUGGAAGUAUGGAGCCUCUUAAGGAGGAUUUUCCUAACAUCUUCUCUCAUUCCUCCCUUGCAACAGAUGAGGAAUUGAAUCCUUUCAAGAACCAUCAGAACAUGUUGGCUGGUCUAGACUAUGUUGUUGCCCUUCAGAGUGAUGUAUUUGUUUAUACUUAUGAUGGAAACAUGGCAAAGGCGGUGCAAGGACAUAGGCGAUUUGAGAACUUCAAGAAGACUAUCAACCCAGACAGGAUGAAUUUUGUAAGACUUGUGGAUGAAUAUGACGAGGGAAAUAUUUCUUGGGAGAAAUUCAGUUCUAAAGUGAAAAAGCUUCACGAAGAUCGAAAUGGAGCUCCAUAUCUUAGAGAGCAUGGAGAGUUUCCAAAAUUGGAGGAGAGUUUUUACGCAAAUCCAUUUCCAGGAUGCAUCUGUGAAAGAACAGAAGAAAUAUAGAGUUGUCUUUAAAUGCUACGAAGUAAAAAAGCUUACUGAAAAGGAGGGUGUGCACUCUGCUGGCAAUGUUGCAGACAAACCAUUCCGUAAGGAUGAAACCGUAUAUAAUACCACGAUUCAACUCAAUGGUUGAAAAAAAAAAACACACUACAAAAGCCUGCUCGAGGGGGCAAUUUCCGGGGAGGCAUGUGAAGUCAUCAUCAAUGGAGGUAUCAGCAGGGCAAAGCAAAUAGGGUUCAGGCAUACUGUUAUCAAGAGAUACAGGUAAUAGAGAAACAUUCAUUUGAUGGGAGAGGGAUUUCUUACCCCUAACUAUCCUUCAUAAGAAAAUGUUGUUUAUUUUAAUUUUUUGGUCUAUUUGCCUUUUUUGAUAAAAGAGAAUUGGUUUAGGUUGUUCCCAUGCAAAAAGUUUAAAAAGUUUUGAAUAAGUGAUGGAAAUAUGAUAUAGGAUAAUAUAUUCAUUGAAUUGUAUUACAUCUGGAUAUUAAUAAUACAAAAAAAAAAAAUUGAGUUCAA